AACAUUGCAGAGCAUGUUGUGUCUAAUUUCAUUUGGAGACAGGGAUGGAAAAGUGUAGACGCUGUUUCCCUUUGGGAUUGAUAAACAGCUCAGCUGGGAAUGCAGUGAGGUUGCCAGAUCAGCUUUCCUGUCCUUCUCUUGUUCCUUAGUGAGGGCAGUCCUCAUUCUCUACUGCUGGCCGCUUAGUGUGCAGCACUUUGCUAUUUUAUAUUCAGCACUCAUCAAAAAUUUUGCAUCAGAAAAUUGAUACCUCCCUUUGUGCCAGAAACAAGCGAUGUCAACCUCUGAUCUGCCCACAAAAAGCAACUGCCUAGUCUUCUCCACAAUUUCAAAUAAGAGAGAGAGAGAGGGGUCUUGUGCUUCUGUUUUGAAAUCUGAAAUACUUUUCUGUGUCUGUCCCCUUGGCUGCAGAACACAGCAGAGAUGACUUCUGCCUCAGGAAAUGCAACAGGCUUGGAAAUUCUUCUUUCAACACUCAAGAGUUCGCAUGAUGUGCAAAGUACUCUCAGUAUCCUGCAAAUUCUGGAUGAAUUGCUGUCGGCAGGUACAUUCAAACGGAUCUGUUACAUGAUUUCUAAGGGGGGCAGUGAGGCGUUGUUACACACUCUAGUGAAUAUGACCAGAAUAUUUCCUCCAAAUUACGAUGUCCUCUUACCUCUAAUGCACCUAAUUGUCAAAGUUGGACAAAGAGACAAACGGUUUGGACAGAAAGCUCAAGAAAUUGGAGCCAUUAACGAGACCCUGAACCUGCUGAAGCACAGUAUACCAGAACCUAAGUACGUCACUCCCUGUUUGUGGGUUCUCAAGAUCUAUGCGUCUAGUGUUGCAACUGGUGCUGCAUUGGGUAAGAAUGGAAUUAUGAGUCUCCUGUUUAAACUGAUAUCUCCAUAUACGAACAGGAACACAAAUGCUAUAAGAGCAGCCAUAGAAGCUCUUUCAGCUUUACUGAAAUCAAAAUGGAACAGCAGGCGAGCUGUGGAAAAUGGGUACAUCCACUGGCUCUUAAAACUGUAUCAGGAUUGGCACCAACAAGAUACACGGAACAAGUACAUUUCCAUUCACAAAGCCCUCCUCAACUGCAUUAAAAAUAUCACAAACAUCCAAAUGGGGAAAGAAGCCUUUCUAAAGGUGGAUGGGAUGAGAGUCCUGCUCAACACCUCACAGGCUUGUGGCUCUAGUGCAGACCUACAGCCGAUUGCCAAGUUGGCUACACAAAUCAUACGGAAGUGUAGCCCGAAGCAGUGUCUUCCUUUGCUCACAGUUCGAAGUUGCUAUUCAUUUGUACUACUAAACACAGCUGACUCCCAGGUACUGGAUUGUCCCAGCAAGUUUCCGCAAGAGAAUGUUGCAGUCAAAGAAGAGGAUGAAGAAGAGGAUGAUGAAGGUAGCACUGAGAAUGAUGAACCAGGGUGCAAUGAAGAUGAAGAUGAUCUUGAAACAGAUUUAACAAGGCUGAGGCCAAAUCCACAACUUGAUAGACCUGUGGAAGAACUGAAGCAGUACGAAAGGCUUUGCCCGGAACUUGUUGGAUAUUUUCAGGAUUUGGACUCAAUGUCGGGUGAACAAAGUAGCGGCCAGGAUAAUGUGUCAUGUUCAGCGUUCUUCACAACUUCAAUGCCUCAGAGACAGAAGAAACCCGGAGAGUGGCGAAAAGAAAUUAUUGAAGAAGAUUCCCCAGCACCACACAACUCGUUUAGGUACAUAAGGCCUCAUCAAAUGGCUCCGGGUUCAUCUGACAGUGAAGGGGAAAGUGGAUCCAACUGGCUGAUGAGGAAUUAUUGUUCUCCCAUCCAAGAUUCAGGGAGACAUCCAGAACGACCAAAUGGUGGAAGCACUUUGAAUCCUUCAAAACAUAAAAUUAAGGAAAUGCAUAUGAAUAUGCAGAGGGCCAGUGCAGGUUCAUCAAAAAUAAGCAUACGCUUUCAAGAUUUACAGAAUGUCCACGGACAAAGUGUAGCUGGUGAAGAAUGUUCUCGGCUCCUCAGCCAAAGCUGGACUAUCGACAGAGCACAUAAGCCUCAGGAUGCUGGGAGGAAGCUUUCAGAAAUGCGUAGAGAAAUGAUUCCAUUCCAUGAUCCAUAUGUUUACACCACUAUGGCAGAGAAAACAAAAUCAGCCACCGAUUGCAAAACACUGGCAUUUCCAGAUUAUUGGGGUCACAUCGCACCUCUCUAUCAGGAGCCAUUGACGGGUCAGUGGUGUGGACAUUUGAGGGAUAAAAUAUUUGAAGAUGUUCGACGUUUAGUCAACCCUGGGGAUAUUCUAAACAGGGUCAUUUUUGAUAUUGAAAGUCUUUCAGUGCUUCCAUCAGAAGAGGAUGAUUCCCUGAAGUUCUGCUCAAAUUUUGAGUCAGGCAAUCUUCGGAAAGCUAUUCAAGUUCGCAAAUAUGAAUAUGAUUUGAUUAUGAAUGCCGACAUCAACACAGACUUUCAGCACCAGUGGUUCUACUUUAAGAUCAGUGGCAUGAAAGCUGGGAUCCCCUAUCGAUUCAACAUUAUUAACUGUGAGAAGACAAAUAGCCAGUUCAACUAUGGUAUGCAGCCAGUGAUGUAUUCUGUCCAUGAGGCUUUGUGUGGAAGAGCACACUGGGUUCGUGUGGGCUCUGAUAUCUACUAUUACAAGAAUCAUUAUUGCAGACCUAGUGCAGCUGCAAGAGAUCAGAAAGAAACAUCAUACUACACCUUAACAUUCACCAUCACUUUCCUGCACUCGAAGGAUGUCUGCUACCUGGCAUAUCACUACCCCUACACCUACUCAACACUGAUGACUCACCUGCAGCUCCUCGAGGAGUCGCUGAAUCCUGAUCAGAUUUACUUCAGGCAUCAGAUAUUGUGUUCCACACUAGGGGGUAACAAGUGCCCAGUGAUCACAGUUACUGCAAGCCCUGGGUCCCAACCUGAACAGUUGCAUCAAUUUUGGAAUCGGCAGUAUGUGGUGCUGACAGCCCGAGUCCAUCCUGGAGAGAGCAAUGCAAGUUGGGUCAUGAAAGGGACACUGGAAUUCCUCGUGAGUAAUGAUCCCAUUGCUCGCAGUCUACGGGACUCCUACAUUUUCAAAAUCAUUCCUAUGCUAAACCCUGAUGGCGUCAUCAAUGGCUGUCACCGCUGCUCUUUGAGUGGGGAGGACUUGAAUAGACAAUGGGCUGAGCCAAAUCGAGACCUUCAUCCAACUAUUUAUCAUACAAAGGGGCUCCUCAGCUACAUGAGGAGUAUUGGCAAGACCCCACUGGUUUAUUGUGACUAUCAUGGGCAUUCAAGGAAGAAGAAUGUCUUCAUGUAUGGGUGCAGUCUUAAGGAGACAUUGUGGCAGGCAAGAUCCAGCAUUGACACAACAACAUUGAAAGAGGAUAUUGGAUAUCGGACCAUCCCCAAAUUCCUGGACAAGAUUUCCCCAGCAUUCGCCAUCAACCGCUGCUGCUUCUUGGUACAGAAGUCAAGGGAAGCAACAGCGCGGGUGGUGGUUUGGAGGGAGAUUGGGGUUCUCCGAAGCUACACCAUGGAGAGCACUUACUGCGGCUGUGCUCAAGGCAAAUACAAGGGUCUCCAACUUGGAACCAGGGAGCUGGAAGAAAUGGGAGCUAAGUUCUGUGCAGGGCUCCUGAAGCUAAAGAAAGAUGAGUGGUCAUGUAGCCAACAGUUGAUAACUGAAGAUGACGGUCUACUUGAUUUUGAUAAUGAGCUCCAGAAUGAUAGACACAUGUCACACAGUGAUAUGAGUGUAGAUGAUGAACCCCCAUGCCCAGAGGAGAUAGAUUAUUACACAGACAAUUGCACUGAGGAAGAUGAUGACCCCAUCGACCUUGCCACUGAGCACAACGUGAGCUCAGAGGAUGAACUUGAGCUUAAGAAAUGAUUGCCCAUUACAGAAUCUGGGAAUGGAUCCCAAACGUCGAUAAAAGAAAAUACACAAGGCUUUUCCUUACAUCGGUGAUAUCAAACGCAAGAGAACUUUGGAACAGGAUGAAAACCUCAUAAAUGCAGUUUGUCUCUCACUCUCCUGAGACAAUCUGGACAUUAUCUGCAUGAAAUGCUUUGGUUGUGAUCAUGUUGCUCAGUAUUUUGCUCUCCUAUAACUCCUAGAUAUAUUGCAGAAUCCUGCUUAUCCUCAUAUUCCGGUAGUGUAUAGAGGUCUUGCAAAUCUGUGGGGAACCCCGAACCCAGUAAGCCUUAGCCUUUUAAUGUUGGUAGUGGCAGAGGGAAUUGCCUGUAUGAGCAGGACUUAGACACUUACGGGGAAACAUCUACAGAGCCUCCUUGCCUUAAGUGUGAAGCUCCUGGAAACUGGGGAGGAAGAUUGAUAACAAGGAGAUGGAUGCCAGGUAGAGUAUGGCCCAAGCUGGCCUAGUUUAGACUGCUUUAAAGCAACAUUUUAAAUAAAUGACUCACCUCUCUCAUCUUGGCUGAUCCAAGCCCUGACCCUACCUGGUUCCCAGUUGUGCCUCACUUUUACAUUCCUGUGCCGAUGCUCUGACGGGCUCUUUACUGAGGGCCUUAAGGACUCCCUGCCCCAGCUCUGAUCCCCCUUAUGUUGAUGGGUAUGGCUGAACAGUGUGAAAUCAUCAGUACAUUUCCAGCAUCCACAGUAUUUUGCUUUUGUUUUGGUGGAAACAUUGGCAGAAGGCUUGGUUCUAGCCAAGUUGUAGUGUUCUGACAGACUUCUUGGGGAGAAAGCAGGUGAAUGGCAUUAUGUGAAUUACUCAUUUGGAGAGCCGGUGCAGGCACGAUGGGCUGAAUGGCCUCCUUCUGUGCUGUAACAAUUCUGUGGUUCUGAUGGGUCCACCUGAACAGCAGCAGAUUUUAGAGCCUGAGAAUGUUUGAUGGGACAUGGUAAAUAAAUCGCAGGUUGGAUUCUGGGUUAUAGCUUGACGGGUGUGUAGUUUCUUUGGCUGAUUCAUUGAGAGUUUAGUUUUCAUAAACCAUUGAUUCAAUGAUAUCAGAAACAAUUUAACAUCAACCUUGCAGACUUGUCAGCAGAGCUGAAUUAUUCCGUAACCCUGAUAACCAGAGUUGCUGAUGCAAGUACUGAUAUCUGUCACUCACUCCUUGUACCCUGUGUUUUAUACUAGAGACUCUCCCGGUUCUGUGGGAGGAAAUGGUAAGUUUACACCCAGGUCCAGCUCAGACUAAAGGGUAAAGCUGAAACAGCUGUGAUGUGUGAGUUUUGCGCUGAAUAUAGUGUUAUGAUUUAACCAGUUCCCUAAGGUGUCACAUUGUGGUAGAAGUCCGUGAGCUUGGUACAGAGGGCUGCCAACGCAGAUGGACAAAAUACCAAACUGUUCUCUGACCACUGCCUCCUACUGGCUGACUGUCACCCACAGGAAGUCCAGAAGGUUGGCAGUGGGGUUUGGAAACUAAACACAAAGAGCUGUUUACCCAAAAAACAUCAAGACACUCAAAAAACAAUUUGCUAAGGUUGGAGAACUAUGAUUGCCUGAUGCACUAGAGGGAAGUUAUUAAAGUGAAUGUCAAGAGAUUCCUUGUUCUCAAAGGUGUUUCAAAACCAGAGAGGGACAGAAAGAAAUAGCUUGAUCCCAAAAAAACAUGCAGGAUCUGCCCUGCUGUGGUUGAGAGAGGUCGAUGCAGGGCAGGAUCUCCAAGAGGUGAAGAGCCAGCAAGCCUCGAUCUUUGCCUCAGAAUCCUCCAAGGUCCUCUUCCAGUCCAGAGUCUGCUCCAUAUGGCAGGAUGAGACGUGCUCACAUUUCUUCUUCUAAAAGCUGUACACAGAGAGAGCUCGGUGAUCAGCAGCCUGAAGGAACGAGGUGGCUCAGUGACAAUUGCGCAGCCAGGCACGCUAAGGAUCAGCAAAUCCUUUUAUGCUGGAUUGUACAAUGUGAAACCUACAGGCAGCACAGCCUCACAGUCCUUCCUGCCUACUCAGGAGAAGGCCUUUAAUGGAACGUCAUACACGUACAUGUUAACUCUGACACAAUUACAGAUCUCACCCACUGUACUACAAUUUUACACGUUACCACACUUUUACACUUUACUACAAUUUUCAGGCUGUGCCUGAGUGCUCAGUAACUCUCCUGCACUGUGCUCUGCUCCUCCUCUUUCACCAGGUGAAUUGGUGCAGGUGAGAUUUAUUUAAAUUGCCUGAUGCCAACAUCAGACAAAUAGGUGGGGUUCAAGAGCGCAGGUCACUGGUGGAUUGUCACUUUCAUUCUGCCAUUGUCAUAGCAACAGAAUCAUGGGAAUUCGGGCCGACUCUCACUGCUGCAUCUUUGAUCCUCCACAACUAGAUUUCCCAUCAUCCAUCAGUAAUCCCACUCUCCCUUAACUGUUUUAUUUUCAUACACUAUAACAGGAUUUACUUUUUUUUUGGAUUAUCUGCUAGUCUUUUCAUCUUUCCUUUAAGUCUUUCCAAUAUUUUUCACUUCCCCUCUAUACUUCCUUUUAAUUUGUUUUGGGACUGUUGCUCUAGUUUUAUCAGAUGUCUCCCUUCUAAUCUCUUCAUUUCCAUAGAGCUCUUUUAUUUGAUGCUCAUUCUUAUCAUCCUUUGUGAGUUUAUUUAUUUCACACUCCAUCCAUAUUUGGAGAUUCGCUAUGGCUGAUCUAUAGUCCAACCGUUCUGUCCAUGAAGAGACUUAACACAUUCAAAGAAGGUGACUGAUGCAUUCAAAAGGAUAUAAACAUAUAUAUAUACACAAAGUGACUCACACAUUCAAGACAGCACGAGGACAUCAGAAAUAGGAGCAGGGAAUGGGCCAUACAGCCCCUUAAGUCUGCUCUGCCAUUCAGCAAGAUCAUGGUUGACCUGAUCUUGUCCUCAACUCCACUUUCGCGCUUGUUCCUCCAUAACCUUUGACUCCCCUAUAGUUCAAAGCCUUGUCCAACUCAGCCUUGAAUAUACUCGAUGACUCAAGCUUCCGCAGUGGGAGAAAUGUGGAUUGGUUAAGCAGAUGGGCUCAGGAGUGGCAGCUGGGUGUAAUGUGAAGAAAUUACUGGUCAUAAACAUUGGAGUUGAAACAGGAAAUGUUUGUAGGGGUGUCAAUUAGCACAGGAUGAAAGGAUAAGGGCAUGGGUGUGAAUCAAAUCACUGACAGUAUCCAGUCAGUGUGAAACUCUUAACAGCUGGGCUAAUCAUACAGUGGGACAGGCCUCAAAACUAUUGAGUGUGAACUGGAAGCCGGUUAUUAUAUGUCUAUGUAAUUUACUCGUUAGAAUGUUUGCAAUAUAAUGCACAAUUUUGGAUGGCUUCUGCUUCAAAUGGACACUGAUGGAAAGAGAUGAGAGAAUGGUCUGGUAAUACUUAUCAGCUGUAGACAUUAUUUACCAUUUUAAGAGGUUUUCCAGUAAAGAUAUGAUGGGCAAUGACAGAAUGCAUUGUGAGGUUUGUUAUAGAACACUCUAAUGUAUUUACUUGGAAGUUGCAAUAAAAUCCUUUGAAAGUCA